AUGGCCGGCAUAUCCAUGACCUCCGACGAUCUUCCGACGUUGUGCGAAGAAUCGUUGCCUGAAUCGAACAAACGAGAGGAAGAAGAAGAAGAAGAAAAAGAAGAAGAAGAAGAAGAUGCCCCUGUGUUAGAAAGCGAGAGUGAGGCCGAAGGAACUGAUUCAGACGGCGACGAUGAGGACUUCUAUGGGAGAAGCGCCGAGAGAAAUCGUUUUGGAUAUCGAUGGCCGCCACCUCCCUGGCUUGCGCCGAGGUCAUGGAGAUUUGCUGGAAAUCCUCGUUAUUCAAGAUGCCUGUACGGCGAUGACAGAUUUGCUGGAAAUCAUUAUUAUUCAAGAUGUCUGUACGGCGACGACAGAUUUGCCGGAAAUCCUUAUUAUUCAAGAUGCCUGGACCGCGAUGACAAAUUUGCUGGAAAUCCUUAUUAUUCAAGAUGCCUGGACCGCGACGACAAGCCUACCGCAAUUGUGGGAGCAGGACUGGAAAAUUUGGGAAAUACUUGCUUCCUGAAUGCAGUGAUGCAAUGCUUUCUCCACACUGUCCCAUUCCUCCACGGCAUUCUUUCGGAUAAACAUUCUAAUUGUGAUAAAGAAAGUUUUUGCUUAUUAUGUGCUGUGCGGUUGCUCAUUAAUCAUUCGCUGACGAGGAGAAACGGACCUGUUUCGCCUUUGGGUCUUGUGAACAACUUGAGCUAUUUUUCGUCAGGCUUCAAAAGGUUUCAACAGGAAGACGCUCAUGAAUUCCUUCAGUGCUUUCUGGAUAGGCUUGAAAGCUGUCAUGUGUCUUCACAUAGUAAUAACAUGGUGAAGCAAAUAUUUGGCGGCCGUCUUGUCAGCAAACUGAAGUGUUGUAGCUGUGGCCACUGUUCUGACACUUAUGAGCCAUUGAUUGACCUGAGUUUGGAAAUUGAGGAUGCAGACAACCUUUUGACGGCUCUUCAGUCGUUUACAAAGGUUGAAAUAAUUGAAGAUCUGGAGACCAAGUUUACAUGUGAAGAGUGUAAGGAGCAAGUAUCCAUAGAAAAGAAGCUUUCCUUUGACCAGGCCCCAACAGUGGCCCUGUUUCAGUUGAAGAGAUUCAAAAGUGAUGGUUGCUUUGUUAAUAAAAUUGAUAAACACGUGGAGUUUCCAUUAGACUUGGACUUGCAGCCUUUCAUGUUAGGCGGCAAUGACAUCGCUUUGCAGAUGGAACUUAAGUAUGUACUACAUGCUGUUGUGGUGCAUGUUGGAUUGACACCGACAUCUGGGCACUACUAUUGCUUCAUUCGCCUAUCUCCUGGCAUGUGGUGCAAGUUUGAUGACUCAAGGGUUGUGCCUGUCACUGAAAAUUAUGUGCUAUCUCAAGAGGCAUACAUUCUGUACUAUGCAAAAGAGGAUACAACCUGGUUUUCAAAUUUUGUCGAAACUCAAGAGUACUUUAGCCUAGAUUCAAAAGCAGUGGACACACCCAAAUCAGUCUUAGAUAAAGUAUACACCUCCCCACCGUCUCCUAGUUCGGAGAAAAAAUCUUCUCGUGAUUGUUAUGAAGUGAGCUGUGAUGUUGGUUCAGAACUACGGGAAGAUGACAAUAACAAUGAGACUACAGAUGGUGUACAGAUGCAUGAUAAUUUGGAGACCAGUGAAAAAAUUGAUGAUAAUCCUCAUGGGACGACUACUUUAGAAGCACAGCCAUGUGCAGGGCCUUCUUUAGACAUACCUUCUCCCAACGCCCCAAAAGAGGUAUCGUCCACAUUUUGUGAAAAGCUAAACAGACCUAGUGAGGAAGGAGGAGGUGCUGCAAAUAAUCAGAUCAACCCUUCAGAAAACUGUCCGAGAUCUCCUAGUCCGGAGGUUUACAGAGAGGACCCAACUGAUGCAGGUAUCAUGAUUCCACGUGACCAUCUGAAAACAGUAGCUUGCAAGAGGCACCUUGAGAAAGAUAUGGAUGAUGCAGAAACAAAGCAAGCUUACUCAUUAAUAAGAAGGAGAAUGCCUGGUUUGAGAGGUCAGCAAAUGAUGGCUGCUCUAAUGGGGUCCAAAUUCAAAGCUCCUGCAAAUCCGGAAAAGAGUAGAAAAUUGGGAAAAGGUGAUUCGAGCAUCAGACCUGUGGUUCGUCCUUUGAUGGCCGAGAUUCACAGGUAG